GGUUUACUUAGUAUUUUCAUAGUUGUUGGUAGAUCGCAGCAUUGACGCCGUCACGUGAUAAGCGACAUCGUUCGGGGGCUACCCGCGAACUUCCGAAACGGAACGAGAAUUUACGAAUGAUUGACGAUAAUUAGAAAAUUUAACCAAUGGCAGCCAAAACUCGAAUCUCGUGCGUUGUGUAUGAGAAGGUAUGGCUGGUCUGGCGGCCUUACUCUGGCCUGCUCUAGUGCUGGCCGCCGGGUAUGAACAAUUAGCGAUGGGAGAAUUUGACAAUGAAGAAAACAUGUGCAGAUUGCACUUCUCUCGUAUACGUUGCCUGCAGCUUUUAAUUUUUUUUACAUUUUUUUACAUAAAAUAAAUAGCUUAUUUCCUGAUACUCCAUAACAGCACGUAGUACGCUACAUUAUAUCUCCUAAUCAUGAUAAUCAGGGACUUCGAUAUUUUAACUUGGCUGAAAACUUUUACCAUGGGUAUAAUCAAUAACCUUUCCUCAGGCACGACAUCUUGUCAAAAUUGCGCGCAAUCGUUGGUAUGGUUCUACGUACUAUGUUCUAGUAAGUUAAAGUAACUGAUAUUGCUUAAAGGUAGAAGUGUUGGUGGGUUGGGCGAAAUUUAAUGCAAGUGUGAUUUUAGGGUUAAAAGUAAUAAUCAUUGACUCCCAAAAAGUGCAGUCACAUGUGAAACAUUUCAAGCCUUGUAUUUUGAUUUCAUAAUACAAAGAAGACUGCUGUUAAUAUCCUUUCCCAUAUAAUCAAUACCUACAUCUUUUAUAAAUGUAUGGAAAUCAAUAUCUGCUAGAAACUCUCAUUGCAUUGUCCUGCAGAGGGCCUGGCAUUUGUUUACUCUUCAGUGCCUAGCAACACCUCAUUUUGAAGUGCUUCUUUUAAUAUGUGUUUUAUACUUUUACAUGAAUAUUUCUCAUAGCUUGCAACAGAUUUGUUGAAUUGCAAUUUAACCGUCUGAUUUACAUUUUUAAAGAAAUAUUAAAAUCACAAAAUUCAUUUUCUUGAAAGCAACAUGAUAACCUUUUUGCAAUAUUUGGCAUGAGUCAUUCACUAUUCAAAAAUUGUGACAGAAUAUACAAAAAUGGAUGAAAACAAUGUUCCAGAAAAUGUGACAGAGGGAUUGAAAAUUGUAAAUCAAACAAACAUGAAAAUAUUAGAAAAUGAAGAAUCUUCUACAAGCUUGCAACCAAAGUUACUACAAAAUGCUUCUGAACCAAGCACAAAUUUUAAACAGUCAAAGUAUAAAGAUGAUAAAUACGCACAGCAUAAAGAUCUUAUGAACUGCAUAGCAUUUGAGAAAUGUGAUGAUUCUAGAAGAGGCAAUGAAGCUUGGAAUGAAACCAGAUACAGUGAUGAUUUUGAUUCAUUAAGUAGUGAUACAACAUCUGACAUAACUGAUGUAAGCCCACAACCAUUGAGCCCACCUCUCUCCUCCAGUGGUUGUUCAUCCAUGGCGAAAGUAGAAAAGGGAUUGGAUGGUGGGAAACGGAAUACUGAGAGAAAGAUGUCUAUUAGAGAACAAGCUAAUAAUAAACAAGCUACAUCCAAGGCAGUUCAACUCACAGGCAAUAAUGACAAUAUGAAAAAAGAGGAAGGUGAACAAGCUUUAAAGUUCCUAAAAGAUGCUUUAAAUAGUUUAGAUUGUGGUAGUUCUGUUAAAACAAAUUCAUCUGCAGGAAAACACAUCUUUCCAAGACAGAGAAAUAUGACAUUUAAUAGAGAACAGAUGAGAACAAUUGACAGAGAAAAUAUGAUAUUGUUACGGAAAAUUCAAUGCUCGCGUAGGAGGCCAAUAAUAGAGAAUACUACAACAGUGAAUACUCGAAUUUCCAGCUCAGCAAUAAAUAGACAGCGACAGCAAAGAAAAAUUGAAUUUGAAAAUUCAAUACUUCUGCAGAAAAUACAACGUGUUAAAGGCACAACAAACACAAUGACUGGACUGAGAAGAUUCUAAUAUCAGAAGUACUAAACUAUUUGCAGAGAAAUUAAAAAUUUCAGAAUUCUUGUACAGUGUGUCAGUAAAGUAUAUAUUUUAUUAGCAAUAAUGCCAGUUGUACAAAACUUGUACAUAAUUUCUCAGGUAAUGGGUGUUCAAUUUUAAAGACAAAUUAAAGUAUUUUUCUAGUAUUAAAAGAUUAAUUUGCACAAUUUAGUACACUUGCACUUGAGCACACUACAAUAUCUUGGAGUGAUAUUUAUACAACUCAAUUGUGAAUAUAAUGGAAUUUUCCCUCAUUCCUCCCAGAUAUAAAGAAUUGUAUUGUUAAGUUUCAGAACAAUAACAGUAUUUUGACCAAUUUGUGAUAAUUACAGAGUUUAUAUUUGCCUGAAUACCAAAAUAUUAUAAUUAGUCUCUAUUUAUCAAAUGAAAUAAAACUUGUAUAAGAAAUAAAAUGUACACAAUUUUUCAAAUAAGUUGUUUCAAUGUGACUUCUGGAUAAAAAUAUAACACUGUUGAACUCAUACAAAGGUAUAUGCUGCAAUUUUAAUACAGCGGAUCCUCUUAUCAAGUACAUUACUAAGAAAAUAUAAAAUUAUUUGUUGUAAUUAUAUUCAACAAAUUUUUUAAUGCACCUCUUCUUAAAUAAUGACAUUGUUAAUAUAAAAUAUUUUAUUCUUUUGAUGUGACAUUUUUCAUUAGCAGUUCUUCAGCAGCUGGCCUUGAAGCAGUCCUACUACACACAGCCAAAAAUCAUGGAUUUUAAACCCAUGGAAGGCAUGGAUGUUUACAUUGUUGUGACAUGGUUGGCUUUCUAAUACCACCAGGAUCCCUCUGAACAUCAUCCCAUCCAUAAUUAUUUGUCUAUCACAUCAUUUACUCUCCCAUCUUUCAUACAGUGGAAGGCAAACGCAUAUCACUAGUGAUGACAUAGUUGCAAACUUCCUUAACUAGCAUAAGAAAUGAGUAUGACAUCAUUGUCAUCAGUUAUUCAGGAACAUGCAAUUUGUAGCAUGCCACAUUUUCAUAAAUUAUCAAUAAUUCUGUUCUUAAAUGCUCAUGGUACUUCUAUUGAUUACGCCAAGUUAGAAUUAUGGUAGUUGACUAGUUUACUGAUAUUAAAGGACCUGAUCAAUGUGCUGUUUCUCUCGUCGCAAACUUAAAUCAGUUAAAGCCCCAGGUCAUUUUGUAGGCCUAUAUUUCAUCACAUUUAUCAUUUCAAAAAUUCCCAUCUCUUUAUACACAGUUUGGAAACACACAAAAUAAUUCAAUAACAUUCUUUCAGAUACAUUUAAUUUUGUGGUUAGACUUUAUUUCUGGCACACAUACUUGCAAAAAGAUUGUGUCUGCUGGAAAAGGAAACUAAACUUAACUACCCUAAAAUGUAUUAAGAUAAUACUCACUUUAAGGAGCCAACAUCAUUUCAAUAAAUUAAAAGAAAAUUGCUUUUGAACUACUUAAGUUAAAAUUAGUAGUUUUUUCAAAUAUCUUAGGAAAAGAAAUAUAAUUACAGAACAUAGGAUCUGAAACCUAAAGAAUCUUUUUUAAAGAGAUGAAAACCAUGCUACUAAAUGAACCAAUAUUUGUGAAGGAUAUUAAAGAACAUACAUAAAUAAGAACAAAAUUAUAUUUUGGGGACCACUGAACUCAAGUACAGAAUUAAAAUAGCCUUUUGAUAGCUCCCAGCCAUAAUAAUUUGACAACAUUGUCAAAUUACUACUUACAGUUAAAGUAGGAUGACCACUACACCAGAUGAUUCUGAAUCAUAGGUGCUCAGGGAGCCCCCAAAUGUUAUAACUGAUGUGAUGUGGUAUACGGAAGAUCUUGGAAUAUUCCCAGCAUUUCACUGGAGAAAAAAGCACUACAAAAAGUUAACUCGGAGAACAGAACUCAAUCUCAAAUGAACUUCCAAAAACCAUACAUUUCCAUUCUAUACUUGACCUAGUAAUUUAUUGAAUAUCAUUGCUAAUUAGCAAAUAUUGCUACUCAAUUUUUUAUUCAAUCUUUUGACACUAACCUUUCAAACAAAAAGUUUAUUUAAAAAAUGAAUAAUAAAUAUCUAGUGGCCUGCAGCAACAAGUCUGCUGAAUUUUUCAUAGUUUCUGGAUAUUAUAAGAAACCAUGGACACCUCUUACGAGACUGCAGAGAUAUCUUUCAGUUUUUGCAUUUAUUGAAAAUUAGUAGUACAGGUAAUAUAGAAAUAAUGCAGCAUCUCAAACAAUCCGUGUUUGAAUUCAACAAAAAUGAAAACUCGUAGAAAUGUUUUCCCCUACAUAUAUAAAACUGACAAACAAGUUACAAGGUAUGUCCACAUCAGUGCUACAUUUAUAAGUAUUUCAUUUCAAUCCUGUGUACUUUGACAAUACUUUGGGAGGAAACAACUGCAAUCGAGAAUUUAUGGUGCAAUGAAGACAAUGGUCAUCUACCUGCAUGACUGCAUUUUCAAAAAACUGUUUCUCAUGCUUACAACAUAAAUAUUUAGUACCAAAAUUUCCAAAUUUUCAGAAGUUUCAAUUUUGGAAAAUAAUCAAUGGAUUUCUAUUAUUUAUUGCCAAGGAGAAACUACAAUAAUUGUUAAGCAUAUUUUAUGUAGAUAAUGCAAUAUUUAAUUGCAGAGAAUGUUACCCAUAAUGUUCUCAUUUCAUAUGAAUUCAGCAAUAGAACAAGGAAAUAGCUAUAGAAAUUAAUUUUCUUUUUGUGUCCAUGUACUUAUCUUAAUUGCUUCUAAAAGUAUAUUUUUUUACGAGCAAUAGAGAUUUUAGAAUUAUUAGUAAGGUUUGCGGUUGGGAAAUAUGUCUUAGAUAAUUUCAGAAUAUUAUUAGAUAUUAUAAUGCUUCUCAAUGAGGCAUCGGAAAUUCACUGUUAGGAAGGUUUAUUCCUGAAUUCCAUUUGAAUAAAAAAACUCAACUAAUAGACUGCACAAUUUGUUUAAAUAGAAAAAAACUGUUUAACCCUACAAUGCUCAAGAGUGUCAUUUUAACAUUGACAUCUUAUUUAGUAAUAUAAUUUUAGUUUUUGUCUUGAAAUUACAAUCAAUUACAUAACUUUUUCACUUUAUUAGGUUUAAGAAUUAUUUAAACAUUAAAAUUUCAAUGGUUAUUCUGCAUUUUAUCUAUUCUCCUAUAAGUGUUAUUUUGACACAACAAUUCAUCUCGGGGCUGUACCAUAUUUUUGCUAGUUCCACCAAUCACUUUUACCUGUUACAGAAUUUGCGUGAGAUUCUACAAUUCUGUUUUAUUUUUCAUCCACUUCUCGUUUCAACAAAAGUGCAACUCAUUUUACAUCACGCAUUUGUUUCUAAGUUGAUUCAGAUGUCUCUUUUCUUUUGAGGGAAGUGUUAGAUUAACCUAGUUGUAAUAAAUUGUAUUCUUACAUUGGCAGGUUUCUAAAAUUGUGUAACAGAGCUGCUGUGAUUCUUCAGCUCUACGGAGAUAUUGAGAAUGAUCUUUCACAAGUACCUGAAGAAAAUGACAAAUGUAGGAUGAUAAAGAUGGACUCAGUGACGAGUACAAAGUACUAAGGCUGUGGGUGGGCACACGAGCAUAACAGACGUUAAAACGUCUGCAUUUUCACAUAAGUUACUAAACAGGCAGAGCACUACAGAUACCCAGUGCCCUCGUGCGCCAUGCCCCAUUCAUUUCUGUUACUGUUAACUCUGCAAUGAAUGCAUUUUUAAAGUGUGUUAAUGUGCACCCGUCAGUCUUUGGCCUAAUUACAACUUUAGAUUUUGGACUUUGGUUCUGUGUACAUAAAACAUUUCCACUCACAAUAACUUUUCAACUGAUUGUUCAAGUAAUUUCUUUUCUGAACUUCUUUUGCUAAGUUUUCAAAUAAUUUUGAGUCAAAUUGUGAUAAUUUUCAAGAAACAUGAACAAGAUAUUCUCAAAAACUGCUCCAAUUUUUUUUUCUUUUAACAAUUUUUUGGAAGAAUAAGAGCAUA